ACUUCCGGCUUGCCGUUGCUAUAGGAACCGCCCUGGCGUUUGCGAGUGCCCCGGUUGCUCGGGAUCCAUAGGAAGAGCUCCUGCGGAUACGUGCGUAGUGUGGUAACCCAGAACCGAGAAGGAAAAGCAGCAGUUUGGCAAGUUACUAUGUCCACCGUGGUAGCUCAGUCGCUGCAUGUUUUUGGUCUUCGAGCCCACGUGGCCAACAAUAUCUUCUUCUUCGAUGAACAGAUCAUCAUAUAUCCUUCAGGAAAUCACUGUGUGAAGUACAAUUUGGAUCAGAAAUGGCAAAAUUUCAUUCCAGGCUCAGACAAGAGUCAGGGCAUGCUGGCCUUGUCCAUCAGUCCCAAUAGGCGAUACCUCGCUAUCUCCGAGAUGGUGCAGGAGAAGCCCACCAUCACCAUUUAUGAACUGUCAUCCAUCCCUUGCCGGAAGCGCAAAGUCCUGAAUAAUUUUGACUUUCAAGUUCAGAAAUUUGUCAGCAUGGCUUUUUCUCCAGAUUCUAAAUACCUACUGACUCAGACAUCACCUCCAGAGUCAAACCUCGUCUAUUGGCUAUGGGAAAAGCAGAAAGUAAUGGCCGUUAUCAGAACUGACACUCAGAACAACCCUGUCUACCAGGUAAGCAUCAAUCCCCAGGAUAAUACUCAGGUUUGUGCCACUGGAAAUGGGCUAUUUAAGCUUCUCCGUUUUGCUGAAGGAACCCUAAAGCAAACCAAUUUUCAGAGAGGAGAAUCCCCAAACUACCUAGCUCAUGCCUGGGUGUCCGAUGACAGGAUCAUCGUUGGCACUGACACUGGAAGGCUCUUCCUCUUUGAAUCUGGAGAUCAGCGCUGGGAGACUAACAUAACGAUCAAGGAGCCCACCAGCUCCAAGAGCCUGGAGGUCAUCCACAAGUCUGAGAGCCUGAUCGAAUUUCCAUCAUCCAGCUCUCCUGUCCCCUCCUUUGAACAAAUUGUGGCAGCCACUGAUCAUGACCACCUGGGCCUGCCCCAAGUGUUUGCCAUUGCUGCCUAUUCAAAGGGAUUUGCCUGCUCUGCUGGCAAGGGGAGAGUUCUGCUGUUUGAGAAGGUGGAAGACAAGGACUUUUACCGGGAGAGCAGGGAGAUCCGGAUCCCUACAGACCCACAGAGCAAUGACCCAAGUCAGUCGGACAAACAGGACGUUCUAUGCCUGUGCUUCAGCCCCUCAGAGGAAACCUUGGUCGCCAGCACCAGUAAGAACCAAAUCUACAGCAUCACCAUGUCCCUGACAGAAAUCAGCAAGGGGGAGCCUGCUCAUUUUGAGUACCUGCUGUAUCCGUUACACUGUGCAUCCAUCACCGGUCUAGCUACCUGCAUCCGGAAACCGCUCAUUGCUACCUGUUCUCUGGAUCGAUCUGUUCGCAUCUGGAAUUAUGAAUCAAACACGCUGGAACUAUUUAAGGAAUACCAAGAAGAGGCAUAUACAGUCAGCCUUCACCCAUCUGGACACUACGUUGUAGUAGGGUUUGCUGACAAGCUCCGCCUUAUGAAUCUGCUCAGUGAUGACAUACGCCCUUUCAAAGAAUAUUCUGUCAGAAGAUGCAAAGAGUGUUCCUUUAGCAACGGAGGCCACCUGUUUGCUGCCGUCAAUGGAAAUGUAAUUCACAUUUUUACUACCACAAGCCUAGAGAAUAUCACAAACCUAAAAGGACACACAGGGAAGAUUCGCUCAGUUGUAUGGAACUCAGAUGACAGCAAACUGAUUUCUGCUGGCACAGAUGGGGCCGUGUAUGAGUGGAAUCUGGCCACAGGAAAAAGAGAGACAGAGUGCGUGCUCAAGUCCUGUAGCUACAAUUCCAUCGCUGUCUCCCCUGAUGCCAAAAUUAUCUUUGCUGUUGGAUCAGAUCAGACCCUCAAGGAGAUUUCAGAUUCUUUGAUCCUUCGAGAGAUAUCUGCAUACGACGUCAUCUACACGGCCAUCACCAUCUCACAUUCCGGGCGCAUGAUGUUUGUGGGCACAUCGAUGGGAACCAUCCGUACCAUGAAGUACCCCCUACCCUUGCAGAAAGAAUUCAAUGAAUACCAGGCUCACGCUGGUCCCAUCACCAAGAUACUGCUCACCUUUGAUGACCAGUUCCUACUGACUGUCGCUGAAGAUGGCUGCCUGUUUACCUGGAAGGUUUUUGAUAAGGAUGGUCGGGGAAUCAAACGAGAGAGAGAGGUGGGCUUCGCUGAAGAGGUGCUCGUGACUAAAACAGACAUGGAAGAGAAGGCGCAGGUUAUGUUGGAGCUGAAGAUGCGUGUGGAAGAACUGAAAAUGGAGAAUGAGUAUCAGCUUCGGCUAAAGGAUAUGAACUACUCUGAGAAGAUUAAGGAGCUAACAGACAAGUUCACCCAGGAAAUGGAGUCCUUACAAACAAAAAACCAGGUUUUAAAAGCAGAGAAAGAAAAACAGGAUGUAUAUCACCGUGAGCGCAUGGAGAACCUCGUAGACAAACAGAACCAGGAACUGCAAGAGCUGGAAUGCUGCAACAAUCAGAAGUUGCUCCUAGAAUAUGAGAAAUACCAGGAGCUGCAGCUCAAGUCGCAGCGGAUGCAGGAGGAAUAUGAAAAGCAGCUUCGGGACAACGAUGAGACCAAGAGCCAAGCCCUAGAGGAGCUGACCGAGUUCUACGAAGCCAAACUGCAGGAGAAAACCAGUCUUCUCGAGGAGGCACAGGAAGAUGUCAGGCAGCAGCUGCGGGAGUUUGAGGAAACCAAGAAGCAGAUCGAAGAAGAUGAAGACCGUGAAAUUCAAGAUAUCAAAACCAAGUAUGAGAAAAAGCUUCGGGAUGAGAAGGAAUCCAACCUGCGGCUCAAAGGAGAAACGGGCAUCAUGAGGAAGAAGUUCAGCAGCCUGCAGAAGGAGAUUGAAGAGCGAACCAGUGACAUUGAGAUGCUAAAGGGGGAGCAGAUGAAGCUUCAGGGAGUCAUCAAGUCCCUGGAGAAGGACAUUCAAGGCCUCAAGCGAGAGAUCCAGGAGAGGGAUGAAACAAUUCAAGACAAGGAGAAGCGAAUUUAUGAUCUGAAAAAGAAAAACCAAGAACUAGAGAAAUUCAAGUUUGUGUUCGACUACAAAAUAAAGGAGCUGAAGAAACAAAUAGAAGCUCGAGAGAAUGAGAUCAAAGUGAUGAAGGAGCAGAUUCGGGAGAUGGAAGCUGAGCUGGAGCGCUUCCAUAAACAGAACACACAACUGGAGCUGAACAUCACGGAACUGUUGCAGAAACUGAGAGCCACAGAUCAGGAGCUACGCAAAGAGCAGCAGAAGGAGCGGGACUUGGAAGCACUGGUCAGACGGUUUAAAACAGACCUUCACAACUGUGUGGCAUACAUCCAGGAGCCCCGGCUGCUGAAGGAGAAGAUCCGUGGUCUCUUUGAGAAGUACGUGCAGCAGGCAGACAUGGUGGAGAUAGCAGGACUGAACUCAGACCUUCAGCAGGAGUAUGCCCGCCAGCGGGAGCACCUGGAGAGGAACCUGGCCACUCUCAAGAAGAAGGUGGUCAAGGAGAGUGAGCUGCACCGCACCGACUAUGUCCGCAUCAUGCAGGAAAAUGUCUCUCUGAUCAAGGAAAUUAAUGAGCUCCGCAGGGAGCUGAAGUUAACGCGCUCUCAAGUCUAUAACCUGGAAUCAGCUCUGAAAGUGUCCAAGAAAAUGCGACGACCACAAGAAGUUCCAGAGACAGCACCCAGCAAGGACAUGGCCACCAUCAGUCCCACCAUGAGACUGAAUGAGCAAGAAGAAACUGGGAGAAUCAUCGAAAUGCAACGCCUGGAAAUCCGUCGCCUCAGAGAUCAGAUCCAAGAGCAAGAACAGGUCCCAGGCUUCCACACCAUUGCUGGAGUUCGGCUUCCUUCCCUCAUCGACUCAGAGGUGGAUUUUGAAGUGCACACCAAGUGACUUCCAAAAACCUAUUUCCAACUAUGGCCAGAAGCACCAGGUAUCUGCUACCAGGCCAGACUCACACCUGAGUCCCUGCAGUUCCUCCAGGACUGAC